CCAAUAGGUAUACACUUCACAUCCGAUUCAAAGAUAGUGAACAUGCCGCCGAAAGGAGGUGGAAAAGCUGCGAAGAAGGCCGGUAAGGCUAGGCCCGCCGGAGCCAAGGGCAAGAGGAGGAGAAAGAGGAGGGAGACCUUCGGUGUCUACAUCUACAAGGUGCUCAAGCAGGUGCACCCCGACACCGGUGUCUCCAGCAAGGCCAUGGGUAUCAUGAACUCCUUCGUCAACGACAUCUUCGAGCGCAUCGCCGCUGAGGCUUCCCGCCUGGCUCACUACAACAAGCGCUCCACCAUCAGCAGCCGGGAGAUCCAGACCGCCGUGCGUCUGCUCCUGCCUGGUGAGCUGGCCAAGCACGCCGUCAGCGAGGGCACCAAGGCCGUCACCAAGUACACCAGCUCCAAGUAAACUGCCUGACCGCCCGACCAGCAUACCCCGGCCCUUUUCAGGGCCACCCACAUCUUCCAGAAAGAACCGUCUUGUUCACUAUCUAAGUAAGCUUAGAAUACUUCAAAGAAUGUAUGCAUUCGACGAUUUUGUUAUAUU